GACGUUCCUCGACUCGGCAACCCAAAAUGAAAUUCUAAAAUCCCAAAAUUUUUCUUCAGACCCGAAGUUUCACUCCGAAAAAUCUCUUGGGAAAAAGAACAAAACCAUGUGGCGAAACUCAACCACGUUAAGCUUCUCUUCGAAGCUUCUCUCUUCUUCAUCCUCCACCAAUUUCGAUUACUUCCAUUACGCAUAUGCUUUCUCAAUUUUCACUCCGAACGCCGUUGUAGACAAAACACUUUCUCCUUCUUAUCAACGUUUCUACUCCUCAUCGGCAGCGCCCUCUCCUUCUCCCUCAUCGGACUCCGUUUUAAAGCUAGGGUUUCUCGCUAACAAAUCUGAUGCCUUUCGGCCUUUAACUUUCAAAGCUAGUGAUGCGAUCCAGCUGGUUCGUUACUACGGUCGGUGUUACUGGGAGCUCUCCAAGGCUCGUCUCAGUAUGCUGGUGGUGGCGACUUCGGGGACUGGAUAUGUGCUAGGGAGUGGAAACGCCGUUGAUUUGGCGGGUCUUUGUUGUACUUGUGCUGGAACCAUGAUGGUUGCUGCUUCGGCUAAUUCGUUGAAUCAGGUUUUUGAGAUAAAUAAUGAUGCAAAAAUGAAGCGAACAAAGCUAAGACCUCUACCUUCAGGACGCAUUACAAUGCCACAUGCUGUCACUUGGGCAUCUUCUGUUGGACUUGCUGGCACUGCUCUGUUGGCGUGCAAGGCUAAUAUGUUGGCAGCUGGCCUUGCAGCUUCCAAUCUUGUUUUAUACGCAUUUGUGUAUACUCCAUUGAAGCAGAUUCACCCUGUUAAUACAUGGGUUGGAGCUAUUGUUGGUGCUAUUCCUCCUCUUCUAGGAUGGGCCGCUGCUUCUGGUCAGAUUUCUCUCAAUGGAUUAAUUCUUCCAGCAGCUCUCUACUUUUGGCAAAUACCCCAUUUUAUGGCACUAGCAUACUUGUGUCGUGAUGACUAUGCUGCAGGAGGGUACAAGAUGUUUUCACUUGCGGAUGCUUCAGGUCAGAGAACGGCUGCCGUGGCUUUCAGGAACUGCCUAUAUCUUGUCCCUUUGGGGUUCAUAGCCAAUGACUGGGGUGUUGCUUCUGGUUGGUUUUGUCUUGAAUCAUCACUCAUCACCCUAGCAAUAAGUGCUGCAGCAUUUUCAUUUUAUCGUGACCGGACUACUCAAAAAGCAAGAAGGAUGUUUUAUGCCAGCCUUCUGUAUCUUCCAGUAUUUAUGUCUGGCCUCCUAUUUCAUCGUCUCUACGAUGAUCAGCAGAGCGUCGUGGGAAAUCCCAACAGAAUAGUGGAGCUUUUAUCAUUCCCAGAAGAGGUCACUGCAAAUGGAAAAGAUGAUCGAAAGAAAAAAUCGAGGUAUGUCACUGCCAGUCCACAAGGACACCCACCUGUAGCAUAUGCAUCCAUCGCUCCAUUUCCCUUUCUUCCCGCCCCUUCAUAUGUUGAUCAAUGAUGUAUCGAACCGGCAUCUAGUUUUGUACCAAAUCAAAGUUAUCAGAACCGAAGUUCUGAUUUUAACACAGUUUUUGGUUCUCGAUUAUAUUUUUUUAUUCUGAAAUCAAUGUAAUUGGGAUUGGGCUGUUUAUGCACUACGAGUGACUUCAAUCGUGCAGGCUGCCAUUGGAAUAAAUGUGUUAUGCAUCGAUCCAUUGCAACAUCUUAAUAAACUUUUGAUUUGGUUUUGAA